AUGGAGGAGGAGAGCCGACUGGCAAACCUGGCGCGUCUGCUCGGUGGUGAGCGGGUAUCCCCUGCUGUUGUUCGCGGUCUUGGCUUCCAUGGCCUUGACGUCGAGUCGGAGCUGGUGGUCGAUGAUGCCUAUGUGCCGACCGGGGCGGAGGCGGGGGCGGGGACUGGGGCGGGGACUGGGGCUGGUGCUGACACAGGACAUGAGGUCGCAGGUAGAGCUGGGGCUGGAGCUGGGGCUGAGACCGGAGCCGAGAACAUGAUCGAUGGCGGUAGCAAGGGUACUACGGACGAUGGCGGUGACCGAGUCGAGACUGAGACUGAUGAUGGCUCUGUGCUCUCGACAGACAGUGCCGGAUUGUACGCCAAGUACGCUGGCCUGCGGCUGAGGGUCUGGCAGGUCGCGCUUGGUGUCCUGCCCGAGGAGACGGCGCGGUGGGGAGCAGCGGAAGACGAGGCAGCGCGGACGUAUCGCGACUUUGUCGAUCUGUUCACGCGCGAGGGCGAGUUUCCGCCCGCCGACAGCGAGAGCGAGGAGUUCACGGUCUACACCCAGAUCAGGGCUGACGUGGAGCGGACGUGGCCCAAGGUCCCGUUUUUCCAGGUUGGCGACAGUGGGCUGGGCGAGGAGGAGGAGCGGUUCCACGACGAGUCGCUGACGCGCAUCCUGUGGGUCUAUGCCAAGCUCAACUCGGGCAUCGCAUACGUGCAAGGCAUGAACGAGCUAGUGGCCAUGCUCUUGUUUGUGGCGGCGGUUGAUACGCCUGAAGGGGCGGCGUCGGCCCGGCCGAUGGCCGAGCGUAGCGCGUCGCGUGCGACGGUGACCGCUGCCGAGCCGCGCGCCUUCUGGCUCUUUACCAACCUCAUGUCCGAGAUUAAGGAGCUCUUUGUCUCGCAGCUCGACUACUCGGACUCGGGCGUCAUGGGCGCUAUCAAGGCCAUCGAGGCCGAGCUCCAGUGGUUCGACUUUGAGCUCUUUGAGCACCUGCAGAAGAAUCACAUUGACCCGCGGUUCUACGCCUUCCGCUGGCUCACACUGCUCCUCACCCAGGAAUUCCCGUUCGCCACCAGCCUCCGGCUCUGGGACGCGCUCUUCUGCGACGGGCACCGCUUUGCCUUUCUUCGCCACUUUUGCGUCGCCAUGCUCAUCGCCAUCCGCGCGCGGCUGCUGGACGCUGAGUUUGCAGCCAUGGUCUCGCUCCUCCAGCACUACCCGCCCGAGGACGAGGUCCCGUUUGCGGUCCUCUUUGAGCUCGCUUGCUCCAUCGCUGACCGCUCGUACCGCUCGCUCGCAACCUACGACAAGGUCUGCGAAGGGCCGCUCGACAGGCAAAUGGGCACCGUCGAGUGGGUCCCGUUCUGGGCCGUCCUCGCCCUCGCACCGUCGCGAGACCGUGCCACCAUCUUUCUGUACAAGGAAAAGUCCAAGACCGCCAUCGACGAAGCCGUCGAUCUCCGCGGUGCCACGCUCGAGUCGCUCACCGUCCGCCAACGCAACACGUCCAAGGGCGCUCGCCAGGCUUUUCGGCUCGCUACCACCCGUGGCAACCUCUACCUCGGCACUUUUAACCACCUUUCACCGCGUCUCGAGUGGAUGGCCGCCUUUGCCCGUGUUCUCGACACCGUCACCGCCCUUGUCGACGCCCGCGACGCCAGCGCCGUCUUUGACAUUUGCGCCUGGGACGCCACCUACGGCAUUGCACCACCUCGCGUCGAGUCUGACCCGACCUCGCCGCUCGCAGACAGCCAGCUCGACGCAUACUACGACGACCGCGCGCUGUGGGACGCCCAGCUCGCGCACUGGCCGCUCCGCGCCUCCGCUGCUGCGGCUGCGGCUGCCUCGGACGCUGCGCCUCGAUAG